GUUUUAUCUCGCUAAGUGUGUUUUUUUAAUAAUAUUCUAAUUCAUUCUUUCUUUCUUUCUUAAAUAUCACAAUCUGCAUUAUAAAAAUGCAAUGGUGUUAGCUUUGGACGAUUGCGUAACUGUGUAAAACCACCACAUUCCCAAUGUUACUUUCACUUCUCUAAAGCCGAGGGGGUUAAUGACAGAAUAAUUAACUGUUCGCACUGUGGUUCUGUGAAGCUGUGCAAAUUCUUCUGCUGACACGCCCUGCACGGAUUCUUUAAAACUUCACUGUUUCCCACCAAGUGUUGAGUCCAGCUCAGCUGUGAACCUUCCUCUACAUGAUGACGAUGAUGCAGGUGACAUCAUUUGUAGGGCUGCUGGUUUUGGUGGCCUCCGUCCACUCCGACUCCCUGUUCUCCAUGCCCAUUGACUGUGAUGACAUCUAUAGCCAUGACAACACCAGCUCCAGUGGGGUGUACACCAUCUACCCAGGAGGUCCAACUACACCCAUAAAUGUCUUCUGUGACAUGGAAACUGACGGAGGCAGAUGGACUGUAUUUCAGAGGAGGUUGGAUGGGUCUGAAAACUUCUACAGGCCCUGGAAACAAUAUAAGAUGGGAUUUGGGAAUGUAGCUGGAGAAUAUUGGCUCGGCCUGGACAACAUCUUCCUGCUGACUAUGAGGAAGAAGAAUGAGCUGCGGGUGGACAUGGAAGACUUUGAGGGAGGGAAGGAAUCUGCCCAGUACGCCGCUUUCUCAAUCGACUCUGAGAUCGCUGGAUAUCAGCUUCACUUGGGCAGCUUCACUGGUGGAGGGGCAGGGGACAGUUUAACAAACAACAACACCAUGAAGUUCACCUCCUAUGACAAGGACCAGGAUCAGUGGGAUAAAAACUGCGCUCAGCAUUUUCUGGGUGCAUUCUGGUACAACGCCUGCCACAUGGCAAACCCCACGGGCAUGUACGCGCCUAAUGGUGCCGUCGGAUUUGAAAACGUCCACGUCAUCUGGCAAACGUGGAAAGGUUGGAACUACUCCCUUAAGACUGUUGCCUUGAAAAUGAGAUCAGUCGCCAAGUGUUCAUGCACAUAUUAACCUGAUUAGCUGAUAGAUUAACUCCGUCAGGAUAGGAGAGUUGGGAUUUGGGGGAACAUCAUCAGAACUCAGAACCAACAAUAUAUAUAUAAAAGAAAUUACAAAAUGUCAAUUUGCCCUUUAUUACUCAUCUUGUCUCAAAAUCACAGUCAGUCAUAAUAUCUUAGGUGAGCCGGCUGUGUGAUCAUUUUCUCCCUGAUGAUCAUUUUCAUUGCUUAUUCAUUUCUUUUGUUUUUUUUAUUUGUACUUAGUGAUUAUUGCUUUUGAUUGAUGUUGAUUUGAGUGAAUAUUAUAUCAAUAAACUUGAUAGUUUUAACCGUA